AUGGAGACCUUGGAGUUCGACGUUACUUUCGAUGCUUUCACUGACAGCCUCAGUGAAAAUGCAUUCACACUUUUGCUGAAUUCCACCAACUCGACUGGUGAUUUGAUUACCUCCAGCGGGGUCCCUUAUUCGGGAGUUUCAUGGCGUGGCGAAGCAAUGAGAACCAUCUCAUUAAAGCACUCGGUUGAAAUACCCAUUUUCGACAAUGGGAUAUACGACGCCGAAGAGAAGUUCUUUACCGUGAGGCUGGUCGUGGACUCGGAGACGACUGCCGGCUCUGUGAUGCCCAUGACUCCGUUCACUCCGUAUUUUGAGAGAAGCGACAUAUCAGCUGUACCCGGCUCCUUGGUCCAGCAUGCUCAGCUGGACGAGGCAAGGGUUUAUAUAUGGGAUAGAAGCGACACGGCAUCAGCAUCCGACACUUUCCUAAAAUCAGAUUCUCCGAUUGCUACGGGAGAGAUAUUCCGGACAGGCCCUCAAGUUGGAACGGUAAUCGAUGUCGAGUUCAUAGCGCAGAAGUGCUUGGUCGAAGCCGCCGAUGGUUGCAGUCAGCUCGGCCCGGUGGACAGUGCUAAUGAUGUCGCGCGUUUUCUCGUGAUCACUGAGCCAACAAUGAAGGGGAGCUCCGACCGUAUGCUUGGUGACGCGCUGUAUACGCGAAAGGCCCUAGCUUCGAAUGGUAUAUACAAAAGCUACUCUAUGCCCUUCAUAGCUGGUCCAUUCCGAAUCCAUAUACAGCAGUCUUUUGCUGGGCUAAAUGCUAUGUAUUACUCCUGGUCACCGGAACCAGCUGCGUAUCAACUCCCUGAUAUACUCAGAAUUGAUCACGGCCUCACACAUGACUGGCGCUCCGGUCGAGACUCUCCGAGAUAUGUCCGCUGGACGGGUUUCCUCCACUGGGACUGUCUGCGAGAUCGUUUCGAUAGACUCGGCAGCGCAGUGCCCAGUCUGUUAGGGGUGGCGGUGUCUGCGCAGAGCUGGGUUAGAAUAGCUUGGAAGAAUAUAGGAAUCGUUCUCGAGGAGUACAGAGCUGGGUACUCGUGGAUGACCGAUGACGAGUGGAACAGACCUAACAUCAGCGUUGUCCAGAGCGAGGGAUGUACCCCAGCGGUCGCGGGAGAUGGGAUCUACUGCUUCGCCAUCGCUGGUGGAGAGGUGAGCUCUAUCGGAAGCUUCGGAUUAUCCUAUCAAUCGAUCUGCCGUCGUUAG